AUGGACUCGACCCCUCGCCCAUUCUUUGCAAUCGCUCACCGUGUCCUCACAGACUACGGUAUACGAUCUGCCCUUUCGCACGGAGCAAAUGCCAUCGAGAUCGACAUGACUGCUUGGUCCAGUGGCUGGUGGGCGGACCAUGAUGGGCUGCCUACUAGCGCGGGCGACACUGCAGAGAAGAUGUUCCAGAUCGUUACAGAAGAGCGCAAGGCUGGCAAGAACAUCAUAUUUGUCUGGCUGGACUUGAAGAAUCCUGACUACGAACCCAAUGCCAGCAGAAGGACAAGUGUCGAGGGACUCAGGAGGCUCGCUCGCGAGAUUCUGCAACCUGUCGGAGUCAAGGUUCUCUAUGGAUUCUACAAGUCUACCAUUGGCAAGAGGGCGUACUACUCGAUACGCGGAGGCUUGAACGCCAAUGAGGCUAUCAAUGUGGAUGGAGAUGUCACCAUGGCUGAAAAGGAGCUCCAAAACUUGCCUCGAGGACAGCAGGUUUAUUCAAAUGGGUUUUUCGACCUUGCUUCAAAGUUUGAGGGUCCAUUGGCCAAUCUAACGGCGGCCUCUAAGUGCGCAUCGUUUGGAAAGGUAUUUGGAUGGACACUUGCCAAUCACAACGACAAGACAAAGGUCGCCCGACUUGUGAAUGACGCCCAUGUCGAUGGCCUUAUCUAUGGUUUCAAGCACACGCACUACUACGAUGACAAGGAUACAAAGGCCGCGUUUGAUGAUAUUACGCGCACUAUACUGGCAGGUGACCGCUACCGCUUGGCGAACAUCAAUGAUGAUCCUUGGAGUGCAUAG